AUGGAUAUCGCCGAGCCUAGACUCGUCAGGAAGCGCGAGAGUCGGACACGAGCCCCCACGGCUUGUCAGACGUGCCGCCUACGGAAGACCCGGUGCGACAAUACCAGACCAAUCUGUAGCUACUGUGCCAUUCAGGGGGUUGAUUGCAUCUAUCCCGAGACUUCGCCGCAUCCUGUCCAGGCGAGUUCUGAUUCAACCAACAAUGAGAUCCUGUCCCAACUGAGCCAUCUCACUUCGCUAAUAGAGGAAAUGAAACAAGAUCGGGGAUCCACUAUCUUUUCGACCCGAUCUCUCCGGAGUUCCUUUUUUGAUAUGGGUAUGCACAGCAAUAAUAGCCCCCGAGACGAUCUUCUAUCGGGGAGCAACAAUCUACAUGGGAGUAGUUCCGGACUUGAAGAUCGCCCGGGCGAUCAUGACCCCAUGGCACUGUACGCCGCCAAUUCCGCCGAGUAUAUGCUCCGGUGGCCUGUUUUCAAUAAGGUUAUUACCGAAUCUGAACGACAUAUCCGCUCUUUUCUCCUCGAUUCGCUGGAUAGCCAGCCACAGUCGGGCAUCCCGCCCCGACAGAUUGGUAUUGGUCUACUCGAUGAUAUCCAGUGUUUAUGUAAGAAGUAUCUCCGAUUGAUCCACCGUCGAAACCCGGUUUUGGAUAGAGAAAAGCUCGAGCACUAUGCGAGGGAGGUCACCGUGCAGGGGCCAGGAUGGGACGGGCAAUCAUGUCAAGUGCUUCUUGCAUGCGCGCUAGGCUGCACUGUCUCGAAUUUCAUACCCUUGGAUGAGAUCCCCGAGGAUCUAGAUCGUCUCUCCGGGCCACCCCCGACAGACGCUAAUAUCGAACUCGCGGAGGCAUACUUUCAUGCCGCGAAACAGCGUUUCGGCUCGUUACAUACUUCGCCCACUGAUAUCGCUUGUUUUCUUCUCGCGGGCUCCUAUCACAGACAUGUGAUGCGUCCGUUGCAAGCAUGGUUUUGUUUCCAGCAGGCAUCUUGCAGAUUGGAAGUUCGGUUACGAUCCCUAUGCAGGAAGCAAUGGACUGCCGACGCGGACUAUAAUAAUCUCGAGUCACGUUUAUAUUGGUCUUGUAUACAGGCUGAACAUGAAAUGCAAAGCGAACUUCCUCUUUGGAGUAGUGGAUUAGAAAGUUUGGGCUACUCCGACCCAUUCCCUUCAAAGGCGAACUCGACCUCCCCGGAGGACAAGAUGGAGGAUGACAGUGACAGCCCUGCUAAGCCACCAAGCGAUAAUAACAGGUCGGAUGAAGAAAGAGGCUGGAUCCUGUAUAUUGGAGCUAUAUGCAACCGCCGAACAGUCAACGACAUGCUCAUCGAUAUGUGGAGAUCCGGAGAAGAUGAAUGGAUCACCAAUGUUGGAAGCGUAGUCCAAAGGACCGCCGAGGCUGUCAAAGUCGUUGAUUAUUGGCACGACAUGAGCCAAGAGAAACUAGCCCUAGCCUCACCAAGACCAGAACCAGACUCCAAAAACCUCCACUUCUACUUCUGGGCCCGCCGCGCAAUCUCCCUCGAAAAGAUCUACCGACCAAUCCUCUACCUAGCAGUCCACUACCACUCCCUACCAGCCUACCUCCAAAGCAACACCCAGCUCUUCCACGAAGUCUCCAGCCAAGCCCAAAAGGCGAUUGAUAACUGCGCAGAACUCAUCCCGCACUGGUGGUACCAUCACCGCCACGAGUGGAUCUGGAGUAUUCUGCGGUCUACGUUUGGCGCUGCGGUGCAGAUCAUCGCUGCUGUGCUGGGUACUUUGAAUGCUCGUCGGACGGGCGUGUGGAUGUUGCAUCCGCCGCGGCGGUGGGCUGCGCUGGUUCGUGUGGCCAUUAAGACGCUGGGGUAUUGGGGUGGGGAAUCGAUUGAUGUGGAGCUUAUGAGGGCGACUCUGGAGAGAAUGUAUCUGAAUACGUGUCGGUUGGUUGGGGAGCCGGCGAAUAUGUUCACUGCGUAG